AUGCUCUCCAUCAGCAACACCAACAACAGCGGCUCGAACCUCUCCAACACCUCCGACAAAACCCAAUCCGCACAGCACAGCCAUGCCGCCUCGCAGUCGCAGUCGCCGCAGCCCAGUGCCGGGCUGCGCGUGCCCUCGAAUCGCAAAACCAUCUACGAUAGACACUUGAAUCGGAGUCGGAAUGCGGAGUCGAGUCGCGCCAGUUUUGCCUAUCUCUUUGGUGAGAUGGUCACGUAUGCUCAGCGGAGGGUUACGGGGAUACAGGAUUUGGAGAGACGUAGAUUGAACGAACAAGGCUACCCCCUCGGCCUCCGUCUCCUCGACCUCCUCUUCUACCGAACAAUGUCCAGCUCGACCUCCUCCUCCCUAUCUAGCUCCUCGACAUCGGCCUCCCCGCCCAAUCGUCCCCUCCGCAUCCUCCCCCUCCUCCACCUCAUCCAUGGCCCGCUCUGGCGUCUCCUAUUCCAGCGUCCCGCUGACGCCCUCGAACAAUCCGUCUCCCCCGAUACGCCGAACGAGUACAUGAUUACAGACAAUGACCCCCUCGUGAAUACCUACAUCAGCGUGCCCAAGGAGAUGAACAUGCUCAACUGUGCGGCGUUCGUCGCGGGCAUUAUCGAGGGUGUCUGUGAUGGGUGUGGAUUCGAGGCGAAGGUCUCGGCGCAUAAUCAGCCGACGGAGAUGUGGCCGGGUCGGACGGUUUUCUUGCUACGGUUUGGGGAGAGUGUCAUGGAGAGGGAGAAGGUGUUGGAGAGGGCUGGGGUGAAAUAA